AUCCUAGUAGUUGUCCUUGUUCGGUAAAGUCGCCGUCGCCGUCGCCGUCGCCGUCGUCGUCGUCGUCGCCGUCGUCGUCGUCGCCGUCGUCGUCGUCGCCGUCGUCGUCGUCGUCGUCGUCGUCUUCAUCGUCGUCGUCGUCGUCGUCGUCGUCGUCGUCGUCGUCGUCGUCGCCGCCGCCGCCGCUGUCAUCGCCGACGUCGUCGACGUCGUCAUCGUCGUCGUCGUCAUCGACGUCGCUGUCAUCGUCGUCGCCGUCGUCGCCACCACCGUCGCCGCCGCUGUCGCCGCCGCCGUCGCCGCUGUUAUCACUGUCGUCGUCGUCGUCGUCGUCGUCGUCGCCGCCGCCGCCGCCGUCGCCGUCAUCAUCGGGCCACUUAUCUCGGUAUUUGGCAUCGGUAUCCCGACACGGUUUUUCGUGGAAUGGCAGCGGCCUUAAAGAAAAAUUAUUCACGCAGAAGAUUGGCUGCCCUUACAUUCCUUUCCAACAUCUCUCUUGACGGCAGUCACCGGGACACCAAGUUUACCGUCUUGUCACAAAGUGAACCGAUUCACGAGCGUACGUUAAGCGAUGGCCAAUCAAAUCAACAAACAAUACUUGAAGUGUAUCAGAGCGCUGACUUUGAGGUCUCCAUGGAAGAGGUUUUAGAUGGUUGCACGGAAGAGGAGACGCAUGAUUUCUCGCAAAAUGAAAUGAUAGAGCAAACCAACUCUCCGCAAUUAGUGCACAAAAGCACCGAUCAUAACUCUUACAGUUCUGAUUCGGAUGGACUAUUCACACCUGCCAAGGCAGCAGUUACCAUGUUCUUAGAACAGGAGAGAAAUCAUAUGCAAUUGUCUUAUGGCAUGCAUUCGUUUAGAGAACGAACUGGAACUACCGGAAGCGACUACUCUUUACCAGAAAGACGUGUGGGCUCUUUACAAUAUAAAAAGCGCAUAAGUCAUCAAACAUCUACGCUUUCGGAAGACAUUAAGCAUCAAUACGAUAGUAGCAGUGAGAGCAUUGGCUCUAUACAUUCAAAAGCCCAAUUAUCAAAACCAAAGACAAAGGCACUGAACAGUACGCAACAUAUUUCUACAAACAAUAGCAUAAUACCAGAAGUUGCAAAGGAGUUGCGUUUGUUACAACGGCCUGUAAAUGGCUGUAAAUUUGGAGAUGAUAGAUUGGUCUUGGUAUCAAACCAGCAUGUACCAUUUGUAGUAUUUUCUGCUAUUCCAUAUAACAAAGGACAACGUUCCAGUUGGUCAGAAUUACGUAAAGACACAACUCGAAGAAAAAAUGUAUCAUCUCAAAGACCAUUAUCAGCAAUUAAUGACAGUAUUGAUCCAUUUGGAUUGUUAGGUGUAGAACAUGCUAAAGAUGGCCAGGAAAUAUCUUAUGGGCAAUUACUUGUACCAUCUAGACAAUUCCAAAGGGAUAAAAAAUUGAAUCUUAAUGAAAAUGAAGCUAUGGAAUUAACACAUUUUAUACCUAAUAAACAUCAUGUGGUACAAAGGACAAAAACAAUUACUUGGAAUGUGGAUCACAAAAAAUGGUGUCUAUCUUAUGAUACAGCUACAAAUCGAACUCAUUACAUAACUUCCGAGUCUCCACCAUUGUCUUUCAGUGCUGAUUCCAAAGCUUAUGAAUGGGAUGAGCAAUCUGCUCAAUAUAAUCCAAAUUUACUGGAUGAUCCAGAACUUAUUGCUGGGAAACAUAGAACUCUAUUAACAUUUACAUCAUAUAUGGCAUCUGUUAUCGAUUAUGUAAGACCUUCUGAUUUGAAGAAAGAGUUGAAUGAUAAAUUCAAGGAAAAGUUUCCUCAUAUACAACUCACUCUCAGUAAGCUUCGUAGUUUAAAACGGGAAAUGAGAAAAAUAGCUAAAUUAGAGUAUGGCAUCGAUUUACUCACUGUUGCAAUGGCUUAUGUAUACUUUGAGAAGCUUAUUCUUCGAAAUAUCGUGACAAAGCAAACGCGGAAAUUAUGUGCUGGCGCUUGUUUACUUCUCGCAGCAAAAUUGAAUGAUGUGAAGGGUGAUAUUCUUAAAUCACUUAUUGAGAGAAUUGAGGGUGUAUUCCGUUUAAAUCGCAAGGACUUAAUUACAUCUGAAUUUGCUGUGUUGGUAGCUUUAGAAUUUGGUCUACAUCUGCCAACAUGGGAAAUAUUUCCUCAUUAUCAGCGAUUGAUUUAUGAGUCCUGACAUUCUUUCAUUCUUUUUAUACAAUCCCAAAACGCCUCUGUGAAAAAAUCUCAACAGUAAAGCAUAUCCGUAAUAAUAAUAUCCGUAUUAAUAAUUUGGAAGCUAUAUUAAUAAGCUUCAAAACAUGAUUACAUUAUAUACUUCAGAUUCAUUAUAUAUCUUCUUUGUCCAUUUCUUCGAUUUAAUGCAGUUAUAUACAACAAUUUAAUAUGAAGGACCCUAUCAAAGGAAUAAUGAUUAAAAAAAAGCAGUGCUUAUGAGAUUCUUAUUGUUAUAGUUUCUGUGAGUUACCAAUGUAGUACUUACUGCAUGCUGUGAAUAUUAUUUUAUUAUAUAUUUGAAUAUGUUUAACUUCUUGUUUAAAUAUCAGAAAAUGAUCGGUGUUAAAGAGAAAUUAUAUUUAAUUACGGCAUGAUUCAAAUAUUUGUUUAAUAAGUAGAUAUUAUAUACAUAUAUGUGUAAGAGAAAGAGAAAUUUGUAAAAUAUUUUAAUUAUAAGUUGUCUUUUAUGAAAAAUAUGUCAGCGGUUUUGUGUAAUAUGCAGUCUUUUCUAGGUAAGAAAAUAAAAAUAAACAGAUAUAUACAUAUAAUAAUUUUAUAAAUAAGUUUAUUUUGAUGAUUGUGCAUGUUUUUAUAUACUUCACUGUUUUAUGUGUCAAAAUAUAUACAGUCUCUAAUCAUUUUAAUUCUAUGAUAAGAAUAUUAGAGCAAUGUUUAAAACAAGACAACCUAAAUAAUUUCUUAAGACUUCCGCACAAUCGGAAAUAUAAGGAACAAGGAACAGAGAUAUAAGGACUAACUUUUAUUAAAGUAACUUUUUUCAAUUUUCUAAGUUAUGUAGUGUAUACAUAGUUUGUACAAGUUAUAUACAUACCAAAAAACCUGGAAAAUUGAAAAGGAAGUUAACAAAAGUCAAAUCAGUCCUUAUCUCUAAUAUAUCCUUGUUUCUUAUAUUUUCAAUUGUACGGGAGUGCAAACUUUACUGUUUGAAUUGCUAGAAAUAAAGAUGUGGUGAAAAAAUAAUAUCGAGUGUAGUUUUUUUUUUCUGUUUCUAUCACGAAUUUAUCUGAAACAUUUUUCUCUCUACUAAAAUAUAGAAAAUUUAUUUAAGGUAACUUGUUUUUGUGCAUCAUCUUAUGUAAUUAUAUUGUUAUAUAUUUCACAAAACCGCUGCUAUUUUGGUUAUACAGAUUCACUUCUUUAACAAAAUAAAAAUUUAUUUGGUUUUAAAAGUUUGUAUAAUUUGCAUUAUAUCAUAUUCAUAUAUUUUCUUUUGAUUUAUAAACUAGAGAUUAAAAAUAAUCAUUACUAUUUUAAGUUAUUAAAAUAUGAUUAUAUAUUUCAUUUUGUUUUAUAUAAUAUGAUUAUAUAUUUCUCUUUGUUUUAUGUAACAUAAAUGUAAAAUGUAAAUAGUUGUUUUUUUAAUUAUUGAGUAUAUAGUUUAUUGUAAAGUAAUAUGUGUGUGUAUAUAUAUAUAAUACUAGCUUUUUAUUUUUUCAAUUAGUUUCAAAUACUUUUUUCAAUUUAAUCAAUUGAUUAAAUUGUAAAUACUAUAAAAAUUAAAUGAAUAUGUUAAACUCUUGCAUUAUAAAAUAAUCUAUAUCCUAUAUAUAUUUUAUAUUUUAUUAUUUUGUUAUAUUUAAACUGAGCCAUGUUCUUUUUAGAGAUUACUAAUAUAUUACAGAUAUUUUUCAGAUUAGAAUAGAUGUAUUCCUUAUUUUUAGAAAGAUAUUAGAAAAGUAUGAAAGGUGUGUCUUUCCGAAAGAUAGUUUUACUCAAGAAUUGUAUCAUUUUCUUCAAAAACUGACCAAGUUAAAUGUGCUUGAUACAUAGUUUUUAUUUAUAUAUUUUAUACUAUACAAAAUCUUUCCAUCAUAAAAACAAACCAGUGAGACUUAAAUUAUAUUUAAACUGACUUGUAGAAUGUGUGUUUUGUGCUCAAUUAUUUUUAUCUAUAUUAUCCAUAUUGAAUUGAUAUUUCGCUCAAUUUUUAUUUAUAUAUAUGAGCUAUUAAUUUUUUAUUUAGUACUAUUAUAUAUUUACAUCUACUCUUAUAUACUAUAUUAAAUUUUAUUUUCACAGAUAAUUAUUUAAAAGAAUACAAGAGCAUUAUAGCAUUAUUCUUUGUUACAUUACUAAUUUUAUUACAAUUACAUUAUUUUCUUAAAUUGCAGCAAAAUUUUUAAAGAAAAAAUAUUGGUUUGUAACAUGAUAAUAAACAACAUGUCACAUAUAUAUAUAUAUAUAUAUAUAUAUAUAUAUAUAUAUAUAUAUGUGU